CUCAACGUCAAGUGGCUAUAUCGUUAAAAAAAUAAAUAUAUAUAUAUAUAUAUAUUUUGGUCUUAUUUAAUGUUAGGCAUAACGUUAGCAGUGUGGUUUAGCCUAUGCUUAGGUUUAAAAAUCACAUUUUAAGAAGAGAAAUGUAAGAAAUGGGUGGGGUUUCUGACUUUGUGGUAACUAGUGACGGACUGCUUGUUAGCUACGAACCAACUCAACUAGAGGAGCUAGCUAACUAAUGUUUACCGAAUGACUUCCGGCCAAAGUGACGGUAUCUUUUCUCCGGAGUCAACCGUGACCUCCUUGUUGUCUAGUUCCGGACACCUGCGAGGCACCCUGAGGAACAACGAUCUGUCUCUCACCGGUAUCAGAUACCGGGACCGGGACUAUGAAUCGGCUACUGAGGCCCUGGAAGCCUACAUUGCAGACUUUGACAGAAGCCUGAACACUUCUGAAACUUCUACCGGAAGACUGCAGCUCCGGAAAAGGCUGAUAAGUUCUGCUUUGCCCAGAACUGAGUUCAGGAAUAAAGAUGUUCUUAGAGAGAGACUAACAGACAGGGAGCUGGACUUCCUGAAUCUUCCUGUGGGUUCUGGUCACCGUGGAGCCUCAGACUGCAUCAGCCUGACCACCGACGACCUGUUGGUGCUCCCCUGUGAUGGCUCCCUACCCGUGACUCGCACCUCUGCUUUCCUCACCCAGUCUGGGGACUACCCCCUGGGGCAGAGCUCCCACUCUAACUCCUGGUCCUCUAGGAGGCCUAGACCUAACAGUAGCUCUCAUAUUAAACGCUGCCUGCACUACUCUGUCCCUCACAACACUCCUCACAAGCUGUACCAGUCCAGAGCUGGAACUCAAGCAGGGGAAACCCAAAAUACAGAGCCCUUCACAGGCCCUAGAGUGAAGGGGAGCCUGUGGCCCCAGCAUGGUCUCUACCACCAGACCACAGGCCCUUUCUCCCCCCACCGUGACUACCCUCGCUGGCUGACCAGCCAAAAGUCUGAGAUGGAUUUCUCUGGGGUCACCAGCAUUCCUGACCUGAAGUACCCCGCCUGGCUCCAGGAGUGUAACAAUGUUCCCAAAGACAUUCCCACCACUAAUAUAGAGUUGUCAGAGUCUCAUAAAAAGACACAGCAUAGGGGCUGGGGCCCGACCCAGACCUUGCCCCCAUCUCCUAGACCUCCCUCCUGGCUGGGCGAGCUGGAGGCUUCCUAUGAGGAGCUAAAGGAAGGACAGAAGGACAGUAACGGCGGCCAUCUUGAGGAUGUCUCUGGUUCUGAUGAUGACAGGCAACAACUUCUCAGAGGAGAGGCUGAUCACAGGACACUGAGGGAGUUCAGACUACAGUUUGCAGAGCGGCUAGCUUUAGCUGCAGAGGGAGAACGGAGCACUGAUUCCGACAAGCUCUUCGGAGAUGAUAAGAUCGAGAGUUUGAUCUUGAAGGCAGAGAAGGUCCUUAACUCUCCUUCGUUAGGCCUAAACACUAACAGCCAGCUGCAGAACUCACCUUCACUAGACCUGACCAGCCAGCUGCAGAAGGACAUGGGACACAGCCCUGGUGGUUCAGAGGAUGUCCUCGAGGCUGAUCGCUCUUGGGACAACCCUGCCAUCACAUUUAAAUCACCAGUGCCUGUAGGGGGUGCAGAAGACACACUGAUCACCACAGAGCCUCUGAGAGACAGGAAAGACGAGGCUGCCUCAGGCUCAUGUUCGUCGGGCUACAGCAGCAGGAAACACCCUGGUCCGGUGGAGGCCCUCAAACAAAUGCUGUUUAGCCUUCAAACCGUGGAGCAACAAGUCAAUCUGAAGAAUGACACAACAGAAAAGGAAGUAACCUUGGAGAAUGGUUCAACACCAUACCAAACACCAACGUUGGAGGACGCCACAAAACCACUGAUGAUAAAGAUGUCAGAUGACUAUGACGCUGGACUAGGUGGACAAUCAUUAAAGAGGGCCCUGCAUCACCUUGGGAGAUUGAAGAGUCUUGUUGAAGACUCAGCUGGUGUAAAAGCCACAUCUCAGGAAGGGAAAUACUCGUAGGAGACCAGCCAUAUCUUCCUAAGAGAACUUGCAUUGUUGUGUUGGUUACGUGAAAAUGGUUUGAAAAGCAGAAUGUCUAGGUCUUGGAUUUGGACACUGAACAUGAAGGGCCAAACAAGUAAAAUCUGAAUGACAGGGGAAUUUCAGUAUCUUGAUUACUUAAGAACAGCACAAAAUGAUUCCCCCAUUAACUACUCUAAUAGCCGGACGUUUGUAUUGUUUAUAACAGCUUAUAUUUUAUAUCUCAAGUGCACAUAACAUCUAGUGAAUUCAGUAACGCCUUAUAAGCAGUAAGAUCUCACAGAACCUGGUUUAAUAAAGUGUACGAUCACAAUGA